GUUGUGAAAACGUGAGGAUCAGAUUUCACUCCCGUUUCUAACGCGGUUUAUUCUAAUAUCUUUUGAUGUGAAUCGAUUCAUUCCAUUGAUAAUCAGCAGAUGUCGCUCGCUGUUAUGUCACACAGGAACCACAAUCACCGAAGCAGCGUUGCGUAAAACCCCCGCUGAUGUAACCAAACCAACAGAACCACGUGAAGAGGAGAUACGAUGGAUUUAUUUUAUUUCAAAUUUUACUGAUUUUUUAUUUUUGCAUUUGCAGUUGUUUAGGCCCCGCCCUCUUCUCAACCCUAGUAUAAAACGUGUUUCGCAACGUUGCUCACAACAAACUGCUGCACACACUCCAGGGCUCACACACACACACACUCUCACACACACACACUGAGGGAGCCACAGUAUCGGACUAUCACGCUUUUUACGCAGUGGGAUUAAAGACUUGGAUUUUUUGGAGCCAUGAUUCCAGAGGAGAGCUUUGACUCCAUCGAGAACAGGAUGCAGUCUGUGGGUCUGGCUCUGGAGGAGCUGCUGGUAACGGCUCAGAAACAAGACUGCCUCACCAUCGGCAUCUAUGAAUCUGCAAAACUUUUUAAUGCGGACCCAGACAGCGUGGUGCUGUGCGUCCUGGCAGGUGAUGAUGAAGACGAUGUGGCACUGCAGAUCCACUUCACCCUGCUACAGUCGUUCUGCUGCGACAGCGGCAUCACCAUCCUGCGAGUCUCUGGCGCUCAGCGGCUCCAGCAGCUGCUAGGAUCGGUGGAUGCCAACAGAAACCAGGAGGACCUUCACUGCAUGCUAGUUACGAACCCCCAGGCUAACCACUGCAGGCUACAAGAGGUGGGGACCUACUGCCAGGAGAGCCGACGCCUCAACCAGUGGGUACCUGAGCUGGUCCUGCAAGAACGAUGAGGGGUCUGCUGCCUCAAAACACCAACAAACACAAGAACUCUUCCUGGGUUCAGAAAGUGAUGAACUGAGGGAUCUGAUGUCCCUUCCCAGGGAUGGCCUGGAGGGGUCUGUGACGGGCCGCCUUGACCGAUGACGAGCAGGGAUGAAGGACUCCCUUUCAGCGACUGACGUGACGCAGUCGGGAGUGGAGACUGGUUUCUAUGAUUGAUUUUGUGCAAAAGACACAGAUGGAAAAGAUCACGUUGUCAGUUAAACAAAAUCUAAGCUCAUUUGUCAUACUCCUGUUUGGCUGCUCACAAUGUUUAUGGGGUGUAACAGUAAUCAAUAGAGAUGUAGUAGCUGCGAAAACAAGACUUCCACACCCUGACUCGUUCCUGGGAGAUGUGUGUGUUUCUAUGGACCGGACAGGAAUGCUGCAGUGGUGAAACUAUGCCCAACAUUCCUGUGUGUUCUGACAUGGGAGAGGUCCUUGGAGAGAAGGUGUGUGUGUGUGUGUGUGUGUGUG